AUGGGCAUUGAAGAAGAGGUAAAGGACGCCAUAAAAAAAAGAAAUAACAAGAAAGCAGAAAGUCUGUUCUCGAAGAAUCUCAGCAGCUCUUUCAGCGUAGAGCUGUACCUGUCCUAUCUGUCGUAUAUCUCCAGCACAAACCCAGACAUUCUGAAAGAGUCUACAGCAUAUGCUUAUAACCGAACAAUGUACAAUAUGCACAGCAUAGACAUCAAGAUAAGGUAUCUAGAGAUUAUAAUGGAGGAAGAUGACCCUGAAAAAGUAAAGGAGACGUAUAGCAAAAUAGUGCAGAUACCCAUGCUCAAGAUAGAAACAAUAAUAGAGCUCUAUAAAAACUACGAAAGCACAAAGAACAGAUACCAGAAAAAAGAAGCGGAUCUGCUUUCAAAAGAAGCUACAGCGGUUGAAGAGUCCACGAAGAUACUGCAAAUAGGCACGCCUUCUGCGCUCAUAGAGUACAUUAUAGAGCAGUACAGGAAUAAGUACUCAAUGUACACAGUAGAGUAUGUGCUUUACAACAUAGACGCAAUAAUUAACAAUCCGAGCACCACGAGCAGGAAUAGAAACAAGAUGUAUCUGUACAAAAUCCUCCUCCUAUCAAAAGAUGAAGUAGAUAAAGACACCGUAGUAGAUAAAUACAGCAGAGAAAUAGUUCUGGCAAACGGCGUCUCUGAGAAAAACGAAAAAAUCAGCGAAAUGCUCUGGAGCGCCAUCAAAAACACGUCAGACAGUCUGCCUCUGCUCUUUAUUCUCGUGGGGUAUACGUUCAACAUAGAAAAACUGCUAGAGGUAGCGCCUGCAGGCAUAACGAAAAAAAGCGAGUCUUUCUACCUCAUUCUUUUCAGUGCCAUAUUAAAGUACAAAAACGUGGCAGGAAUGCGAAAGUACCUGAUUAAGUUCACAAAAGAGAAGAAAAUAGGAUCGAUAGUCUACAGCUACUGUGCAACAGUGGAGGGCCUGAUAGGCGGGGGGAACAAGUAUGCAGGAGGAAUCUUGCUGAAGGCGCUUAAAAUGUUUUUAACAGAAGAGUUUGGAGGAAAGAACAAAUACCACAUAUCCCCAGAAGAGAACACAUACAGACUGGCUGUGGAGGGAACAAAACUUCUGCUGUCACUUGGAGAUGUACAAAGAGCACACAUUUUGAUAGACCUGUACAAUAGAGAGGGAGGAAAGAAUAAGAAAAAGAUUGCUAAGGUGUCAAACAGCCCAUCCGAGACAGAUCCCAAGCUUCUAAUGGUGCAGCACCAAAUACUCUACGAGUCAGGCUUUGCUGCUGUGCUCUCUAUAGCCAAUGAAUACAGGUAUAGCGACAUCUUCGAGCUACUAUGCAGAGUGUACCAGGUAGAAGAAGAAAAAGAAGUUAAAAUGCCAGGAGUGGUUAGAAAGCUGAUAGAUAACCUGCCAAAACUAUCUGAGAAUCAGAAUAUAUUCAGUGCGGUGGAUAUCAACAGCAUACUUAGUAUGCUCGUAAGUAUAGAUGUAGAGGGGUAG